AUGACUCUUCACGAACAAGUUGAAGAACUACAAAACUUAUUUGAUGAAAACGAAUCAUUGAUUGAAAACAACUGUGCUAGACUUAAUCAAUUACAGCAAGAGUUGUCACAGGAAGAGGUUUCGUUUCUUGAGGUCAAAGACAAACUUAUCAAGCUACUCCAACAACUCAAAGUAUCGUACGGGUCGACCCAACCAUACACCACUUAUCUACAAGAAAUCGCCGAUGCCGCUAGCGCUCUUAAUGUUACAAACGAUUUUAAUCUGCAGCUUGCAAAUGUAUUGAAAUCAUUUCAAUAG